GACUACAGAAACUACACUUCGCCCGCAAUUCGUACCCACCAGUACUUCUGGAAAAGCAUCAGAUGACAUCCUGCAAAAAACAUCUGACAACGAGGCUAUCGGUAGGGUCUCUCAAGAAGUAAUACGCAAGACUUUGCAAGCUGCCUCGGCUGAUGCUUCCCAAACACAAGUGCAUGAGACCUCAGAGACAACGUCACAGAACCCCUUGCAGUUGGAUUCAUACAGGGACUUACAGCCGACUUCCAGUAGCGUUUACCAAUCGACUUCACAAAAUGCCACUGAAGGAGCAUCAGACGAGCAUAUGCAUUCUUGGUCGCAUUACGUUUCUCAAGAACCAUUGAUGUCAGAGAGUGCCUUGCGUGUAGCGCAUGCACCUUCAUACAAUGUGACACAGGUGACAGUAGAUGAUACAUCACAAACGGCAUCGGAAGGCUCUUCAGAUGUUACAUCAGGGACUUCGCAACCAUCAUUAGAUGUUACUUCAAAUGUCGCAUUAGGCAUUUCACAGGUGGUAGCAGAUGUUUUCCAAGUGGCUACAGGUAAUAUCUCACAGGAUACUACAGGCAAUGUCUCUCAGGCUACGACGGCAGGCCUUUACCCCGUAGAGUCGUAUUUCCCUAUGGUAGAACCCAAGAACUGCCUGGAUGCGUUGGCCGUGGGCUAUAACGUGAGCGGGGUGUACACCAUCCGCCCCUACGAUUGCUGCCCCGAGCGUCGAGUGAAGAUCUUCUGUGACAUGGCUACUGAGGGCGGAGGCUGGACUGUCAUCCAGCGCAGGGACCAGUACCAGACGCAGGAGAACUUUUACCGGACCUGGGAGGAAUACGUCAGCGGCUUUGGAAACUUGACCCAAGAGUUCUGGCUCGGCCUCGAGCACAUCCACGCCCUGAGCAACCAGUCAGUGUAUGAAGCGCGGUUCGACUUGGGCGACUUUGAGGGACAAACGCGCUUCGCCAAAUACGACAUCUUCACUGUCGGCAGCGCUGACCGCUUCUAUCAGCUGGAUCUGGGGAGCUACUCGGGCAACGCGGAAGACUCCAUGGCUUACCAUAGGAGGAAGAAAUUCACGACCAAAGACAAGGACAAUGACGAAUCCAUCGGAAACUGUGCUGUUAUGUUCGUAGGCGGGUGGUGGUACGGCGACUGCCACCACGCCAACCUGAACGGCGAGUACCUGCUGGGGCCUUCAGGCUGGAGGGGCAUCAUCUGGCUCAACUGGCGCGGGUUCUCUUACUCGCUCAAGUGGACGGAGAUCAAGAUACGGCCCACGAUGUUCAUGUAGCAGUUUCAUGUGGUUGUUGGUGAUGGUUCGUGUGGUUGUUGGUGUGUAAGUGAAAGCUAUGAAUUCCGAUACAGAAAAUGAAUGCAGUGUUAUAUAAUAAAAA